GCGACAGGAAGGAUUUAUAAAUCGUCUCGACAUGUAAGAGUCAGCAGAAUCAAGUCAACAUGCUGUCGUUUGUUCUGGCAUCAGUGCUCAUUGCUGGCGCUUUGGGGUGCGGUGUUCCCGCCAUCCAGCCCCUCACCACCCGCGUGGUCAACGGAGUGGAUGCCAUUCCUCAUAGCUGGCCCUGGCAGAUCUCUCUGCAGUACCUGCGCAAUGAUGAGUGGAGACACACUUGUGGAGGAUCUCUGAUCGCCACCAACUGGGUGAUGACUGCUGCUCAUUGUAUCAACCAACAGAACACCUACCGCGUGUAUGUGGGAAAAUACAACCUGUUAGCAGAGGAGGCCGAAUCCAAAGCCAUGACUCCCGAGAAGAUCAUCGUUCACGAGAGGUGGAACCCCAUCUUCGUAGCUCUGGGGUUUGACGUUGCUCUGAUUAAACUCACUGAGCAUGUGACCCUGAGUGACGCUGUGCAGUUGACCUGCCUGCCUCCUGCUGGUACCAUUCUUCCCAACAACUACCCCUGCUACAUCAGCGGCUGGGGCAGACUCUCUACUGGAGGUCCCAUCGCUGAUAAGCUGCAGCAGGCUCUGAUGCCUGUUGUUGACCAUGCCACCUGCUCCAAACCUGACUGGUGGGGUAUUGGCCUGAGAGACACUCUGCUGUGCUCCGGUGGUGACGGUGUCGUCGCUGGCUGCAAUGGUGACUCUGGUGGUCCUCUCAACUGUAAGAACGCACAUGGUGUGUGGGAAGUGCAUGGCAUCGCCAGCUUUGUUUCAGGCCUCGGCUGCAACUAUGAGAAGAAACCAACCGUCUUCACCCGCGUGUCUGCCUACAAUGACUGGAUCAAUGAGGUUAUGCUUAAAAACUAAGGUGAUAAACUCAUUUCAAUAAAUCCUUUAAUGGUAAUGCA